AUGUUCACGACUUACGCUAAAAGGGUUGGCCGCAAUGAGCUGCACUCGCCCGAAGCUUCACCACGCUCUUCUCCUGAUCCCGAUCUCACGGAGCUUCUGCGCUUGCGCUCUCAUAACGAUUACGAAUUCACAGAUACUGGAGCUUCUAUUCAAGUCUCUCAAGAAGAAAUAGUCGCCAGUGAGGAUGAGGCUGAGCUUAUCCUAUUCGCGGGAGCGCGCGAUACUCAGCAACCGUCGAAUAAGAUUCGGUUGUCUUCACCAGGAGCAAGUGGCGAGCCUGGGCUUUCAGUGAAGAAACCACAGACAUACUACUUUGCAGAGGAGCCAUCGACUGAAAAGUAUGAGGAAUUGCGUGCGGCAGCGUUGACUGGCGACGCGGUGAUUGAAAUGUCAAAAAUACCAUGGUUUGGUUGUGCUGUGCCAUGGAAGGUGCAGACUCUCACUGCCUCAGGGAUGAAGAAGACUGUUCUAGUUGGUCACCCCCCUUCACUAGUUACUCUGGAGGAAAAGAUACAUAAGAGAACCCGCAAGAACAAGAAAACACGGAUUGCUUUGAGGAAGAAGAUGCAAGCUAUUAGAGAAAGAGAUGCUGAGAGGGCCCGCAUUGCAAAAGAGAAGGAAGAAACAGAACAGGAGAAGCGGACGCGAAGGAACCGCGAGAAGAAAGUCAAAAAGAAGGCACGAGAGAAAGCUAAAAAGCAAACUGAGGCGGAAACUGGCGAAGUGCUGGCUCAAAUUGGCGACCCUGAAGAUUGAAAAUCGCCACAAUUGGGCCUCUCUGCUUAUUUUGUUCCUAUUAAGCGUCUUUAAUGAGGUGAGUAUAGUCGAAUUCACCCUUGAAAACACGUCUCAAUCUUGUGCCGAACGCCAGCACAUGUGCUAUGCGCGAUAUCCCAUAUCCAACCUU